UGCGUUCGUGUAAAAGGAGUCGAUAUAUUGAAUAAAAUAAUACAAUUUUGGUUCAAGAGUACAAUUGCAUCGUUAAUGGAAAAUAAAAAUCGCUCUAAGGCUUUGCAAAAAUUGGGUGAAAAAUCGUUUACAACGAACGUGUAGAUAUAUGCGUGAUUUAAAAGCUACGUCAGAUAGCAAAUGAUUGCAAACAUUAAUUCUGACAACGUCGUAAAAGUUUUCCUAGGGAAUAUAGAUGAACCCCACGAUUUUUGGAAAUUAUAUGUAUACAUGUUUCUAAAAAAUGAACAAUACGUUUAUUAAAAGAAAUAUCUUGCUAAGACUUCGUAGAUUAUUGAUUUACCAUAUGAAUAUGAAGACAAUACAGCGACGUAUAAUGCGAAGUGCAUAAAAUGUAUUACCUGUGUCGUUAGCAGAAAAAGUGAAAAUUUCAAAAAAAAAAAACAAAAAGAAAAAUCGAAAAAGAGUACAUAAAACCAAAGUUAUAUUAACUUGAUAUCAGGUAUAAUAAUAGUUCAUAACAAUGGAUGAUCUCUAAUGUGAAUAUAGAUAUCCACGCUUUGUAUUAAGUUUGUGCAUUAAAAGAAUUUGGUAAUUAUGCAAAAACGUACUGUACCUGAUUUGCUGGUGGAUACAUUUAAUUUUUGCAAAAAUUCAAUCAUUGUUUCUUAAUCUAAUAAUUAUCUAUUACCAGCAACAUAUUGAUGUGAAAAUUUUUAACUGCUUUAUAAAAGGCAAAAAUAUUCGCGAAUAAAAAGUGCAUAAAGAGUGCCUUAUUUGUAUAAAUGCGUGCAUUGACGACAAAGCUGUUGUAUUCGAGAAAAUAAAUGUAUAUGUACGUGAUGUUUCUGACGAAAACCGUGAGCAAAUAAUGUCAAAUAAAACCACUGUUGACAAUAACAGUAGCGCCAUUAAUAGCCCCGCUGGUUCAACUUCCUCAACCACCCCAAACGGUACAGUAACACCUGUCAGACGUCUAAGAACUAGAACAUCUACAAAUGGUAACGUUAGUGGCAAUGAAUCAGCACAUAAAAAAAAUGGUUCAGUUGUGGAAAGAGUUAACUCCACUUACGAUACGAGUCUGAAUACAGGAAACAUUAGUGGUAACUCCGACGAAAAGCCUAGCGCCAGCAAAAAAUAUCAUAACAGUUGCCCACAACCGACCGUAGCAAGUCGGAAAGAGAAAAUUCAUUUUCAACCCCAUAGCUCUAGCUCCUUCGAUAUGAGUAAAACGGAAGAAUUCCAUUUUGAUACGCCGCUUGAGUGUCCAGUUUUUCGACCCACUUCAGAGGAAUUCAAAAGUCCUCUCGCAUAUAUUAGUAAGAUACGACCUAUAGCAGAGAAAUGUGGUAUUGCUAAAAUAUUGCCACCAGAGUCCUGGUCUCCACCAUUUGCCGUAGAUGUAGAUAAAUUAAAAUUCACUCCUCGCGUGCAACGCCUGAAUGAAUUGGAAGCCAAAACUCGUGUAAAAUUAAAUUUUCUGGAUCAGAUCGCAAAGUUUUGGGAAUUGCAAGGUUCUUCACUUAAAAUACCGAUGGUUGAACGCAAAGCCCUCGACUUAUAUACAUUACACCGCAUCGUGCAGGAGGAAGGUGGUAUGGAACAGACAACGAGGGAACGUAAAUGGGCUAAAGUCGCUAACCGCAUGUCAUACCCGUCUAGUAAGAGUGUUGGUGCUACACUCAAGGCACAUUAUGAACGUAUAUUACAUCCUUUUGAGGUAUACACAUCGGGUAAAGUGUUGGGUUCCGUGACUGGUACUGCAUCCUCUAACGCUGAAAUAAAGCUAGAAGACGGUACUGAUUAUAAAGCUCAUGAAAUACCUACACGUCAACAAAUCGCUCCUCCCAAUGAAAAUAAUGCUCGACGUUCCAAACGUUUUGCUAACUCCAAUGCCAGUUGCGGUUUAAGCGGAAACAGAAUAAUUAAAACAGAGUCAAAGGAAGACUUUAAGCGCGAUUUAAUGAAUUCAUUUAAUUCGUCCGCUCCUGUAACUACAACGGAAAACCGAAGUAAUGGAAACAUGAUUCCGAAUGCAACGCAGAAGAAAGGUUCAGAUUCCACUGUGGUCGAUCCACUGAUGAAAUAUAUUUGCCAUAUUUGCAACCGUGGCGAUGUCGAAGAGUCAAUGUUAUUAUGUGAUGGUUGCGAUGAUUCAUAUCAUACAUUCUGUCUAUUGCCACCAUUAUCUUGUAUACCGAAAGGCGAAUGGCUUUGCCCGCGUUGUGUUGUAGAGGAAGUUAGCAAGCCUACAGAAGCCUUCGGAUUCGAACAAGCUGAACGUGAAUACACGUUGCAACAGUUCGGACAAAUGGCUGAUCAAUUUAAAAUGGACUACUUUCGAAAACCGGUUCACCUAGUUCCUACCGACUUAGUAGAACGUGAAUUUUGGCGAAUUGUGUCUUCCAUUGAUGAAGAUGUUACAGUGGAAUAUGGAGCAGAUUUACAUACAAUGGAUCACGGUUCAGGGUUUCCAACUAAAAGUUCUCUUUAUCUCUUGCCUGGAGAUCAAGAGUAUGCUGAAUCCAGUUGGAAUUUAAACAACCUUCCCUUAUUAGAAGAUUCUAUUUUGGGACAUAUAAACGCUGACAUUAGUGGCAUGAAUGCUCCAUGGAUGUAUGUCGGCAUGUGUUUCGCAGCAUUCUGCUGGCAUAACGAAGAUCACUGGAGUUAUUCUAUCAAUUAUUUGCAUUGGGGUGAGCCAAAAACUUGGUACGGAGUUCCUGGAAGUUGUGCUGAACAAUUUGAGGAGACCAUGAAGCAAGCAGCUCCUGAGCUAUUUGCUUCACAACCAGAUUUGUUACAUCAAUUGGUGACUAUAAUGAACCCCAAUAUUUUAAUGAAUAAUGGUGUUCCAGUAUACCGAACGGAUCAAAAUGCUGGCGAAUUCGUUAUUACCUUUCCCCGCGCUUACCACGCAGGCUUCAAUCAGGGUUAUAACUUUGCCGAAGCGGUAAACUUUGCUCCAGCUGAUUGGUUGAAAAUGGGACGUGAAUGCGUAAACCAUUAUUCUAUGUUGCGUCGUUUCUGUGUUUUCUCACACGAUGAACUUGUUUGCAAAAUGGCUUUAGAACCAGCCAAACUUACGUUCGGCAUUGCAACAGCAUGUUAUAUUGACAUGGCUGAGAUGGUAGAUUCAGAAAAGAAAUUACGUAAAUCUUUACUAGAAUGGGGUGUUACACGCGCAGAACGAAAAGCAUUCGAACUUAUACCAGACGACGAGCGCCAUUGUCAGGAGUGUAAUACAACGUGUUUCCUUUCUGCUGUUUCUUGUGAGUGCACAAAAGCUAUAGUUUGCUUACGGCAUUACAUAGUACUAUGUGGUUGUCCUCCGGAAAAACACACACUUUUAUAUCGCUAUACGCUUGAUGAAAUGCCACUAAUGUUGCAAAAGCUCAAAACAAAAGCACAAAGUUUUGAAAAGUGGUUAUCGCGAUGUCGUGAUAUUGUGGACGCGAACACACCGACAUCGGUAACAUUACAAGAAUUACAAGAGUUAUGCAAAGAGGCAGAAUUGAAGAAAUUUCCGUCAUCCCUUCUUAUCGAUCGUUUAAACGCUGCCGUUCUGGAAGCUGAAAAGUGCGUUACAGUAAUACAGCAGCUCGGUAUCAAUAAAGUCCGGACACGCUCUGAUAACAAUUUGGAAGCUGCUCAAUACAAGCUUACAAUGGAAGAACUGGAACUGUUUGUACAGGAAAUUGAUAAUUUAUGCUGUAUUAUUGAAGAAGGAACUUCUGUCCGCGAACUUUUAAUACUAGGCAAGCAAUUUGAAGAGCGCGCUAACCAAAUGUUGAGGCACUCUUUGGAUGCUCUUGAAGAAUCUGAAUUAGAAACACUUAUUACAGAAGGAAAUUCUUUACGAAUUGAAUUAUACCAAGUACAUCAACUAAACAUACGUUUAAAACAGUUAAAGUGGUACAAGCGUUCACAAAGUAUACGAAAUGCGAGUACAAAACUGAGCUACGAUGAUAUAAAAAAUCUUUUACAUGUCGAUGCUACCGAUAUAGCCCCUUCAGACCCAGUAAUUGAUAAAGAGAUAAGAAAACUGCAAGAGAUUGGUGCCUCAAUUGAGGCGUGGGAAACUCGCGCGGUUAGAUAUUUUAAUUGCGUAAUACAGAGAAAUGAAUUGAUAGAAAUAGAUCAAUUUCUGAAGACAGCUACGGAUAUUGAAGGACAAGUGCCCUCAUACGGUUUGUUAAAGGACGCUUUACGAAAGGCUAAAGAUUGGCUGAAAUCCGUCGAGCAGUUGCAAACCAACGAUCAUUUUCCUUAUUGUCAUACUUUGGAGGGUAUUGUGGCGCGGGGCAAAAAUAUUCCGGUAAAAUUAGAAGAAUUAGUUCGUAUGCAAGGGCAUUUAAAAAGUGCUCAUGAAUGGAAAGAAAAUACAGAGCGUGCUUUUCUUAAAAAGCAAACAUUCUACACGUUGCUGGAGGUGUUAAUGCCUCGUUCUGAACCCGUUAUUAUUGAUUCAGAUUUGAAAAAACCCUUUGAAGAUGAUUUUGUAAAAGAAAUGAACCCUGCACAAAUAGUUGAAUCGUUUAAAGUAGCGGAAGAGAAAGAGUUAGUGGAAAUGCGUGGUUUAAGGAGUCAAAACGUGGCAAAGAAUCCAUCACGAGAUGAUUACUGUUUAUGCAAAUCUUCUUUCCACGGAAUAAUGUAUAAUUGUCAAUUAUGUCGAGAUUGGUUUCAUGAGGGUUGCAUAUCCCCUCCUUCAGUUCAGAGUGACUCUAUAAAUACAUUAAAAAUAAAGUGGUUAUGUCCAUCUUGUGUGCGUUCUAAGAGACCACGUCUAGAGACAAUUUUACCUUUGCUCGUUUCUUUACAAACAUUACCGAUUCGUCUGCCGGAAGAUGAAGCUUUACGGUGUCUUGCGGAGAGAGCUAUGAAUUGGCAAGAUCGAGCUCGGAAGGCUUUGACCAGUCCAGAUGUAACUGCGGCAUUAGAGGCGAUCAUUUCGUCGCAGCACCGUAUUAAACAAAAACGAAAGAGCUGCGGUAGCAUAGGGUUUAAUUUAGAGACACGAAAAUUUCGACGUACCAGCCAACGCAACUCAAAAGACGAAGGAUCAGAAAAUGUAGAUUCUGAUGAAGAUGAAGACCGCUUGCACAUUGUUGAAGAGAAUUUCAGUAAUGAUGAAGAAGACGAUAAUACUUCUGCUGAGGCAGAUGGUAGUACAGAUAGCUGCAUACGUCCUAAUAAACUGUUAUCGGACAGUGAAAUUAAUAAUCUAGAUGAGCUCAUGAUGGAAGGCGAUCUGCUCGAGGUGUCACUUGAUGAAUCCCAAGAAAUUUGGCGCAUUCUCUCAACAAUGCAACCAACCACUAACACUGAAGCAAUCGCUCUUGUAGAACAAACACAAUUGCUCCGAAAACAACAACAACAACAGCAUUUAAGUCAGUCAGAUUUAAGCAUAAAUUCCGCCGCUGAAGACUCUAAUGAUAGUCUGCUGGUACAAAGUAGUCCGAACAGUAAUAGUAAUAGCGGGAGCGUCAGUGGACGUACAUCGAUUAUCGCAGUAAAGAAAAGGCGACCAUUAGAUUCAAGUACUGGAUGUCCAUUACCCCGUAAAAAAAUUGCGCCGCUUACCAAACAAACUGUCCCAAUAACAACGACCUUGCCUGUCGCAUCAUCAACAAAAAAAUCUGCGAGAAAAUCUGACACUGGGAAACAUAUUGACGUUAAUAUGGAAAAUAUUAAUCUCACGAGCAAACAACCGAACGGGAACGGAUUGCAAACUGUUAAUAAUAUUGGACCAACGCCGAAAAAGCAAAGAAAACGCAUUGCCAAUAAUAGCGGAGUGAACAUAAAUUCAUCUACUGGUCAAAAGAAGAAUUCCCAGAGGGCUCAAUUAACGCAACAGGAGGAUGAUGAAGAAGAAUGCCGUGCAGAAAGCUGUCAUAAGCCUACUGGCAGAGAGGUAGAUUGGGUGCAGUGUGACGGUGGUUGCAAUGAGUGGUUCCACAUGUUUUGCGUGGGUCUAGACCGCAGCGAAAUAAAUCCAGACGAUGAUUACAUUUGUAUUCGUUGCUCCAAGGCUAUGACAAGUGUAACAGUAGUUACUAAUGAAGAUGAACAAGAGACACCACCAUCUUCCGGCACUCAACAAAAAAGUCGCACUCAAAUAACCCGAUAAUUUAACAUCAAUAUAAUUAGAUGUUAUUAAAUCUUUUGCAUCAGACAUUUUUAUUUAAUUUCAUCGUUUUUGCUUGUUACAAAUUGUACUCCUAGGUUUAUGUCUAUGUUACACCUAAAAAGUUAUGUUUGAAUUUUUUUUUUGCUUUUAAAUUUUUAUGUACAUUUUCGAAAGUUUUUUAAAAUCGAUUAUUCCUUGUAUUCACGACAAUCUUAUUUCGGAUAUUAAUAAUAUGUCGUAUUAGAAACGACGCUAGAGAAGAAUUUUUGUUUCUCUUUAAGUACACACCAUAUGUAGUUUAUUACGUUUACAUACACAUACAUUAGAUUUAUAAAAAGAAGAAGAAGAAAACACAGUGUUUUAAAUAUUAAUAAUCAUUUACCAGUCAGAGAUAAGGAAUUUAAAAUUCCAAGGCAUCCAUCAAGCAUUGGACGAACACGGAAAUCAACAUAAUUUGCUGUCUAUGAGCUACUAAAAUUAUUUUUUAUUUAAACUGCAAAGCAUCUCUUACCAUUUUCUAACAUAUUUAGUUUAUAUUAAAAUGCUUAAUUAGUUGAUAAUUCUAUCACUUAAUCAUGUAUGAAAGAAGCAUCUUUAUUUGUAUUUUUAAUGAUUAUUGUCGAAAGAAGGACGUUUGUAAAAUGUGUGCGAAAAAAUCACACGACAGCAACAUCAUGAAUCGCACUCUGUAAACUUUAUAUUGUGUAAAAAAUUAUUUUAACCAU